GCAUCAGUGGUACGUUUACCGUUGUAUGUACCGGCAGCGAGCAGCGAUUCGAGUCGAGCAAGGCAUUUCUACGCUUGAAAAUCCCACUUUCUUCACUGGAAAUAAUGGGUAAGACAAAGCGCAAGAUAAAGCAGAGUACAGGUGAAGUGGCAAACCAGCAGUUGCAUGGAAUAAAAGAUGGUUCUGUAAAAAAGAACAAGGAGCCCAAAUUUAAGAACACACCAACGGGUAAAGUAGCAUUGCUCAAGAAUUCAAAGACACCAAGCACCAAUGUGAAACAUUCGCUGUCUCCGAAAAAUAUCGAGAAACACUCUGUGGGUGCAAAAGGUAAGAAUGAGGAAAAAAUGGGGCGUAAACGAGCAUCCAAGAGUAAUGCACAGCAAUUAGAGUCAAGUUCUCAAAGUGAGAAACAAAAUGUUUCGAGCAACAAAAGAUACAUUUAUAAUCCUGACACAUUCCGACCUGGUAUGAAUCUUCUUGGCGCGAACAUGGGUAUGGCUGUAUCACCGAAGGAUCGAGUGCAGAAGAAAGCUAAGAGUACGGACAUUAAUGUCCCGAAUAUCCUUGACGAGACCUUAGAUGAUGAUUCGGAUGAAUCGGAUCAAGAUUAUGUAGAAGAUAUUGAAGAAGACGAAGAGGAUGAUGAUGGCGAUGAAGAAGGAACAACCAAGCAUAAAGGCGUCAAAAUGUUUAAAGGUCUAAAAUCUGUAGCUGAAAAGCAUGACACUGACACAGAUGACAGUAGUGAGGAUUACUACGACAGUGAGGUGAGCAUGCUUACUGAUGAGAGUGAAGACGAGGAUGAAGAAACCGAGGAGGAAGAGGAUAAUGAAAAACAAACAAAGGAUAUUAAAGAUCAAGUAGAUACUUCUUCGCUAAUGGUAACUGAUGAAGAUGAGUAUGAGGAGGAUGAUUCCGAAGAAGACGAUGACGACGACGAUGACGAUGACGACGAUGACAGUACGGUAGAAGACGUUGGUUUACAAACACUUUUAGGAAAAAGUAUUGCAGACGAUGAUGAUGAUGAAGAUUUUAACGAAGAAGAUGAGGAUGACGACAGUGACAUUAGUAUUGAAGAGGAAGAUGACGCGGAUAAUGAUAAUGUGGUAACACAAGCAAAAGAAAAAGCAGAUAAGGAUACCGAUAAGAAAUUUUGGGUACCGUUUCAAAUGCCCCUUGAAGAGAGAAAACGAUGUAUGGAAAGACAGAUUGUAGUUGAAAAUAUUUUACCAGAGGUAGAUAUGGUAGCUUUAACAAGACUGUUUUCUCAAUAUGGUGACAUUGAAGCAUUUGGUCACCAAUUGUGCACCACUAAAAUAGGUGUAAAUUUAGAUGGUACAAAACGAAAGUUUUUACACCCAUUAUUAAUUAUAUAUACGACAAAGCAAUUUGCAGAGGGUGCAGUAAGAGCUCUGCAUGGAAUGAAAUACCAUGGAAACAUCUUGAGUAUACAGAUGUCUACUAGAUAUGAAGGACCGUAUAACCCAAAAAAAACUGUACUCGUAGAAGAUCUGAUAAAGGAUGUACAAUUUGAUGAAGUUUGGGAGGCCUUCUCCAGCUUUGGAAAAAUUGAAUGUUUAAGAUUUUAUCGCGAUGAGAAAACGGAACUAUGUAUUAACUGUCGUGUCCAUUUUUUUAAAAAAGCGGCUGCAAAUUGCGCUGUCGAGUCUAGCGAUUCUUUGAAAAUUAGGGGGCAGUCAGUAACAGUAUCGAGAGUGAAUGUUGACAUAAAUACAUGCGGAAAGGACGGCGAAGUUGAGAAUCAAAAAGAGACGGAAAAACCACAUAUUUGGUAUAAAAAGAAUGACUCAUUCACAUUAUUUAAAAAAUAUCAGACAAGUUGGGAAGAAUCUUCUAAAUGUGAAGAAAAUGUUCAGAAACAAAAAAAGCUGCAGAGAGAUAACGAAGGAAAGAAGUCUACUGCGUUUCAGGGCCAAAAAGCCACUUUGAAAAACAGAAAGAAGAAAAAACUUGACAAGAAAAAGAAGGUAAUGACUGAAAAGCUCAUGGGUAAACGUUUUGGCUAACAUUGUCACAUAAUAUAGAUUCUCAAACUGCAAGAUUUUUUUUAAUUUUCUAAGACAUUCGCAUGUUCAUUUAAAAACCGAUAUUGUUAUAAGGAACGUCGUAGUUAUCACAGACAUGAAAGGAAACGAAAUACCUCCUAUAUUUAUGUAUAAGUAUAUUUUGCUUUAUGUAAUUGUCAUUGCUCUUUAAUAAAUAAUGCCUGCAAAUUUCUUUUUACG